AAACAAAAUUUGCUUAAAAUACUUUUCCAAACACUUACGAAUUUCGUUGUUAUUGAAACUUUAGAAAAAAACCCGAAUACAGUGCUUUAAGAUCUGACAGUUUUGUGAAAAUCAAAAAAGAAGAAAACUCACUUAAUUGUUAUUCUAUUGAUUUUGAUGAGUUUUGUCAUUAUUUAGAUCAAACAUAUACAGUAAAGAAGAUAAAAAUUGUCCCACAAAUAAAAGAAUUAAGAACAUUUUAAAGAACUUCGUAAUAAUUCACAAACAUGAGCUACAAAAUAAAUUACACAACCGAGGAAAAAAUAAAGUUGGCGAAAGAUGAUUCGAUCGAGAAACUUUAUGAAUCGAAAAAGAAUCAAAGAACAGUUCGGGUCUUAACUGUUUGCGCUUACGUUUUGACCGUGUCAAUGGCUGCGAUUAUUCUGUCGCUUUAUUACGUUUUCUUGUGGGUUCCAACUGAUGAAUCAGCAAAGGAUACUCAAAAUCUUAAUAUAAAAUGCGAGAAGAUUAUCAUCAUUCCUGAGACCAUCGCAAUACGAUUGGCAAACAAUAGCGACAUAUCGGUUGACAAGUUCAUCAAGAAUCUCCAAAAAAUGCAACAAGAUAUCUUAAAUUCCCAAACUAAUAAUCAACAAAGAAUGAACCGAACUGACUUCAAUAACUAUUUGAAUUUUAAAUCAAAGUCAAUUGAGUACCAAAGAGACGCUCCCAAUGAAAAGAAACUACGCAGAAAAAUGAACAAGAAGAAAAAGUUCCAAGAUGACGAAGAUCUCGAUAUGGAAUCAAGCGGUGAAAAAAGUGUCACGACAGUUUUUCCGACUCAAGCUUACGAUUUUUCCAGUGAUCUCAACGAUACUACGAUCAUUUUUGAUCAAGAACAAGACGAUUAAUCUCGUUUUUGUCGAACUCAUCGCAUCUCGUAUACUCGAAUUUAUGUUUAACAAAAGAAAAUUGUCCAAUAAUGAUAAAAAAAGCUUUAAUUUCAUGUGUUAUGCAACUCACUUUCAUAUGUAAAUAAAUAUUUAAUUUCUUCUGUUGAUCGAAACGAAAACAAGCGAGAAAAAGUUUUAUGAUGUUGAACAAUGAAAUUGUUAUCAUCAUCAUCAACGAUACUUACUUAAAAUUUAUGUUCUUUAACAGAGAAAAUGUAUAAUAAAACUCAAUAAUUUAGUUUAAUGAUAAAAAAAAUAUCAGAA